UUAAGCAAACGUAUUUGUUGGUGUAGUUGUUAUAAAUAUACCUACCAGAAAAUGUUGAAAGCUUUGAAUUUUUUAAUGGCGGGACUGAUUUUUGUAAUAAGUUUUCCUGUACAAAUAAAAGCAGUGACAGUGAACCCAUUAUGUCCUACAAAUAAAAUCGCUCCUCAUAGAAGGGUUGCUCGUUAUGAAAACAGUAACUCUCGAACCUUCGGCGAAUUUUACAAUUUGUUAAAGCCUGAUAACUUGUAUGAUGCGUCUAGCAGUCUCCAGGAAAAACCUCAAGAAGACGAUCCCGUUGAUUGUGGUGAAAUCGAAGAUUAUGAUGAAAAUGAUCUUAGUUCAGUCACGCCACAUUCAUUAAGGAGACAAGGACACAAAAGCAAUCGUUUGCACGGCUCACAACACUUGUUUAAUCAACAACUGUUUGGUUUUAAUCAUGGUGUUAAUAGACCUACAAUACCUUCCCAAAGACCUACCCGUCCUCCAGCUGGAGGAUAUUUUGGACACAACCCAUAUAGGCAGCCAAAACCACUGGAACCUACAGAUUACGUAAAGCCGGUUCAUGAAGACGGGCAUGAGCCGCACAUGACGUAUCGUCCUGGUUUGGUUGGGGCUCCGAUCGGUCAUGUAGUGGGAUUACCCCAAGUUAAGCCUACGAGACAUCAUUUAGAGUCAACGACACAUAAAAAAUUAAACAUUAUAAAUCAUAGUCAUAUACGAACGAGUACGCAAUCCUAUAUGAAUAACAAGUCUCACAGACCGAGGAACGCUGACGGUGGAAUAAUAAGAUCUUUUAUCGAUUUGCUGCUUUAAUCAAAUAUAUAAAAUUUAAAUUAAA